CUUUAUCAUCUUCUCUUUGCCAGCAGACUAUACUAUCUUACAAGGUAUAGAGAGAAAGAGGUUACUUUUGCACACAUGCCGGGCAAAAACAAAGAACAAACAGUCAAAUAGAAAGAUAAUCCGUGACCACAAUAGAAUCUGGAGAGAGAUAAAGGGAGCUCAAAAUCAGAGCUGCUUGUUUAGAGAGAGCUUGUCCUCCAUCAUUCUCAGCUAAAAUCACAAAUGAAUCUUGCGGUUUUUCUCUUCUUUUUCUUCAUUUUCAUGUCCAAGGAAACUCGGGUCAGUGCAAACUCCGAGCUUAGAGCGCUCAUGGACAUGAAAGCUUCCUUGGACCCCGAGGACAAGUACCUCUCUUCAUGGACCAUUAAUGGCAACCCUUGUGAUGGUUACUUUGAGGGUGUAGCCUGCAACGACGAGGGUCAAGUGGCUAACGUUUCCUUGCAGGGAAAGGGUCUCAAUGGUAAGCUAUCUCCUGCUAUUACUGGGUUAAAGCACUUGACAGGCCUCUACUUGCAUUAUAACUCUCUGUAUGGGGAGAUACCCAAGGAAAUAGCGAACUUGAAGGUGCUUACUGACUUGUACUUGAAUGUGAAUAAUCUCACCGGUGAAAUACCUCCUGAGAUCGGAAGCAUGGAGAAUUUGCAAGUUUUGCAGCUUUGUUAUAACCAGUUUACCGGAAGCAUACCUACCCAGUUGGGGUCUUUGAAGAAACUUAAUGUUCUUGCUCUGCAAUCUAAUCAACUCACUGGUGCAAUCCCUGCAAGUUUAGGUGAUAUGAGCGUGUUAAUGCGACUAGACUUAAGUUUCAAUAGCUUAUUUGGUUCGAUUCCCACCAAACUAGCAGAUGGUCCGCUGCUUGAAGUCCUGGAUGUCCGGAACAACUCUCUCUCCGGCAACGUACCACUGGCUCUGAAGAGACUGAGUGAAGGGUUCUUAUACCAAAACAACCUGGGAUUAUGUGGGUCUGGUUUUAUGAAUUUGAAAGCCUGCAAUGUUUCAGAUAGUAUUAAUCCGAGCAGACCUGAACCCUUUGGACCAGGUUCCACUGGUUUGUCAACAAGGGAGAUUCCUGAAACCGCAAAUUUGCAGCUGCCUUGCAACCAAACCUACUGCUCAAGUAAAUCAAGAUCCCAUCACCAGGCUUCAGUUGUUGUUGGCACAGUAAUCGUAACUGUUGCAUUGUCAGCUAUAGGUAUCCUGACAUUUACUCAGUAUCGUCGCAGAAAGCAGAAGCUUGGUAGCUCUUUGGAAAUUUCUGAUAGUCGUCUAAGUACAGAUCAGGCCAAGGGGGUUUGCAGGAAGAAUGGCUCUCCACUAAUCAGUCUUGAGUAUUCUAAUGGAUGGGAUCCUCUAGCUGAUGGUAAGAAUCUCAGCGGGCAUGCACAAGAUGUCUUCCAGAGCUUCAUGUUCAACUUGAAUGAGGUGGAGACGGCCACACAGUAUUUCUCAGAAGUGAAUUUGUUGGGUAAGAGUAACUAUUCUGCAACAUACAAGGGGAUUUUGAGAGAUGGCUCUGUUGUUGCUAUCAAGAGCAUUAAUAAAACUAGUUGCAAGUCAGAGGAAGCUGAAUUCUUGAAGGGAUUGAAUAUUUUGACCUCGCUGAGGCAUGAGAAUUUAGUGAGGUUGAGAGGAUUUUGUUGUUCAAAGGGCCGUGGGGAGUGCUUUCUCAUUUAUGAUUUUGUUCCCAAUGGUAAUUUGCUGCAGUACCUUGACGUGAAGGAUGGUGAUGGCUGUGUGCUUGAAUGGUCCACCAGAGUUUCUAUUGUGAAGGGGAUCGCUAAAGGGAUAGAGUAUUUGCAUGGGUACAAAGUGAACAAGCCUGCUUUGAUUCACCAAAACAUUACUGCUGAGAAGGUGCUUCUAGACCAGCGGUGCUAUCCAUUGCUUGCAGAUUCUGGCUUACAGAACCUUCUUACAAAUGACAUUGUAUUCUCAGCACUCAAGGCCAGUGCUGCAAUGGGUUACCUAGCUCCUGAGUAUGCAACAACUGGCCGAUUCACAGACAAAAGUGAUGUAUAUGCAUUUGGGGUUAUUGUUUUCCAAGUUCUCUCGGGGAAGCGAGAAGUUACAAACUUAGUACGUCUAGGAGGUGAUUCUUGCAGAUUCCAAGAUUACAUUGACCCUAGUCUGCAUGGGAGGUUCUUUGAAUAUGAAGCAGCUAAGCUUGCAAGGAUUGCCUGGCUUUGCACUCAUGAAUCUCCAAUUGAAAGACCAUCUAUGGAAGCUAUUGUUCAAGAGCUGGGUAACUGCAGUAGCUGUCUUUAAUUUUCACGAAUGUCUUGUUCAAUAGCUGCCUGGGCAAUUUUCGAAGGAGUAAUUUAUGCCACUAACUGAACUCCUGGGACUUGUAGUUGUUUGUUUUGUCCUCCUGCUGAGGCCUAAACUUAUAGUGAAUGUUAUUGAAAACUUUGUUUUUUUGAAGCCUGCAGAUGGGAAAGUACAAGCAAUUUUCAGUUGUAAUCACCAUAAUUUUUUU